GAUUUGUUGGUUGGGUAUUUAUUGCAGCUUUUGUCUGGAUUUACGAAUAGUACUACAUUUCAUAUAUCGAUCAUCAAUAUUCUAUUCUGAUAUCAAUAUCUUGAGCAUCUUCUCUUCAAAUCAACAAUAUACAAAAUGUCCGCUACAAUCAACACCAGCGUGGGAAACCAGCCCGUCGAUCCAUACAGAUCCAAGAGUGUCGAGGAUCCGCCUCUGCCAAAGAAAGUCGAGGACCUGUCCAAACUCAUCUCAGAUAUCAAACUUGGCAUGUUGACAACCAAGUCAUCCUCUGGUGACGACCUGGUUUCACGAUGCAUGGCACUGGCAGAUAAGGAAAACGGCGGCAUCGACCUCAUUUUCCACACAAACCUCUUCUCCGGAAAAACGAUGGACUUGACCAUCCACCCCCAAGAAACAAACAUGUCCUUCCUCGACCCCAUCACCGGCGCGUGGGCGUCUAUCUCCGGCACUGCCUCCAUCGUCGCAGACCAAGAGACCGUCAGGAAAUACUAUACUCCCAUGUUGAAGACUUGGCUUGGAGAUCUGGGUGACGGCGUGCAUGACGGUGGACCAACAGACCCCCGGAUAGGAGUGAUUAGGCUUGAGUCCAAGUUGGUGACUUAUGAUGUUGUGCGACAGGGUGUGUUUGGGAGGGCUGUGGAAACGGUCAAGAGUGCGGCUCAGGGCAAUGUGCCGUUGGUGAACAGUAUUCGGGAGUUGUCUCAGGAGGAGUUGGCUGAAUGGCGUCGAACACACAAGGCCUAAAAUGACCAUACAGUGCAUCUUGCAAUGGGGUUAAUGAGUUCACGAAUCUAGGGUGUUAAACCAAAUUCCGUGGUAAUUUGUAUAGCUAUACUCUAAUGACACAUUAGGAAGACCUACAAGUUAAUCAUUCCGGGAUAUUGAAUAUGAAAAACAUUUAUUAACAGCCCAAUGUUGGUAACCAUGUAUUUGUACACAUAAAAAGCAGAGGAAUAGUAAAACGGGUAA